UGUCUCUCGGGCUGCUGCAGCUGAUCCUGGGCUGUUGCAUGGUGGCGCUCAGCUUCGGGGCGCUGUCGCUGAGCAGCUCGCCGCAGGUGAAGAACUCGUGUCCGUUCUGGGCGGGCUCUUCGGUGAUACUCUCUGGAAUCAUCGGAUUGACAACUUGGAGAAGGCCUAUGAUACUCCUGGUAAAUCUCUUCAUGCUGCUCUCUGUGGUUUGUGUCCUUCUAAACCUUGCAGGAUUCAUCCUGGGUUGUCAGGGGGCACAGUUUGUGUCCAGUGUGCCCAGACGUGACCUGGUAAGCACUCUGCAACAGCACUGCAGUUGGGGCAGAGCCUGAUCUGCCUGACUUACUGGUGUCUACUGUGUAGACACUGUCCUGAAGUGAGAACUGAAGUUGCUAAAAGGAAGUAGGAAAAGGAAGCAUAGAGGUGCUUCUGAGUACUUCACACAGUUGUUGAUUUGGCCAGAGCAGCAAGCAGCCAGAACCAGAGAGUAUGAUGCAUUGACUAGUUAGGGUGCGGAUGGAUCAGGUCUCCACAGUCGAUCUGCCUGCUUGCAUCUAAAGAGGAAAAGGGGAUAUUACCAGAA